UUUAUCGCUUUUUGCCUCUUGGCGCUGCUGUGUUGUUCUACGGUAUUGACACAGGCGCAACGCCUUACUGGACGACGUGAUCGCCCACUAAACACGCCUAGAGAGUACAAGAAGACACAUCCAUGUGAGCGUUCUUCGUGUUAUCCGGCAACGGGGAAUUUGUUAAUUGGACGUGAGAAUCGUUUGACCGCUUCAUCUACCUGUGGCAUCCAUGCACCAGAACGUUUCUGUAUACUCUCACAUUUGCAAGAUAAGAAAUGUUUCUUGUGCGAUACACGCGAAGAAACGCGUAAUGAUCCGUAUAAGAAUCAUCGCAUUGGACAAAUCAUCUAUAAGACGAAACCUGGCACCAAUUUGCCCACCUGGUGGCAAUCGGAGAAUGGCAAGGAAAAUGUUACUAUACAAUUGGAUUUGGAGGCAGAAUUUCACUUUACUCACUUAAUUAUCUCAUUCACCACUUUUCGCCCGGCGGCCAUGUUGAUUGAGCGUUCGUUUGACUUUGGCCAAACUUUUCAUGUGUAUCGCUACUUUGCUUACGAUUGUGCAGAAUCAUUCCCCGGUGUUCCGACUGUGUUACGCAACAUCACCGACGUUAUGUGCACGUCUCGUUACUCCAAUGUAGAGCCAUCACGUAAUGGUGAGGUCAUCUUCCGCGUGCUGCCACCGAACAUCAACGUAUCCGAUCCGUAUGCCACACACGUGCAAAAUAUGUUGAAAAUGACCAAUCUACGCAUCAAUUUCACCAAAUUACACAAAUUGGGUGACAAUCUGCUGGACAAUCGACUCGAAAUGGAAGAGAAAUACUACUAUGGUAUCAGCAAUAUGGUAGUCCGUGGCUCCUGCUCCUGCUAUGGUCACGCCUCGCAAUGCCUACCAUUGCAUGGUACGGAAUCGACCGAAUACGAUAUGGUGCAUGGUCGCUGUCAAUGUACACACAACACCAAAGGUUUAAAUUGUGAAACUUGUGAAGACUUCUUCAACGAUCUACCUUGGAAACCGGCCUUUGGCAAGCAAACUAAUGCAUGCAAGAAAUGUGAGUGCAACGAUCACGCGGUCAGCUGUCACUUCGAUGAGAAUGUCUUCGAACAAUCUGGGCGCAUAUCGGGCGGUUUGUGUGACAAUUGUAUGCACAACACGCAGGGUCAGCACUGUGAGGAAUGUAUGCCCUUCUUCUAUCGCGAUCCCUUAGAGGACAUACGUAGUCCGGAGGUAUGUAGGCCUUGUAAUUGCGACUUGAAUGGAGCCUUAGAUGAAGGUAUUUGCGAUUCGGUGAAUGAUCCUGAAAAUGGCAUUGAGGCCGGCGCUUGUCAUUGCAAGACCAAUGUAAAGGGUCGCCGCUGCAACACUUGCAAAGAUGGCUUCUGGAAUUUAAUACCUGAAAAUCCUGAUGGUUGUGAACAAUGUACCUGUAAUACGCUCGGUACCGUCGACAAUUCGGGCUGCAACAUGUACACCGGUGAGUGCACAUGCAAGCGUUUAGUUACCGGUAAAGAUUGUAAUCAAUGUGCGCCUCAAACGUAUGGACUUUCUGAAACGGAGGACGGUUGCACGCCAUGUGGCUGCAGCGUUGGCGGCUCUUACGAUAAUUACUGCGAUGUUAUAACUGGUCAGUGUCGCUGUCGUUCGCACAUGACAGGACGCAAUUGUUCGCAACCGAAACAGAAUUACUAUAUUCCACGACUCCAUCUUGUAUACGAUGUUGAGUCAGCUGAUGUAUGUAUAGCGCGUGGUAAUAACGGUAAUUGCACUGUUGUGCCAUACCAACCAUUGCCCGACCGCAUACCCGAGCAUACUGGUGUUGGUUUCACACGUGCUCCGGAAAAUUCCGAAAUUAUAAUAACCGUCGAUGAUAUACCGAGCUCUAUGCCCUAUGAUGUUGUCGUACGUUAUCAAACAACCUCACGUGAUGAUUGGGAGGAUGCCUAUAUUACUCUUGUGCGCUUAGACGAAGUUGAUCCCGAGGGUGUUUGCGCGCAAUCCGUGCAACCCGGUUCAAGUGUGUACGAGACGCGUAUACCAUUCACUUUACCCGAGCGUGAUCGCCAAGUCGUCGCACUACGCAAUGUUUGCCUUGAAGCCAACAAGGUCUACAAGUUCAAAAUACAUUUCGAGCGUCGCCGCCAUAACGAAGACAAUCCCACGGCAACUAUUAUGAUCGAUUCACUCACGCUUAUUCCACGCAUCGAAGUGACGUCCGUGUUCUCUGGCUCCCCUGCGGCAGACUUACGUCGUCACCAAUACAUCGAAAUGGGCUGUAACCAGUCGCUUUAUGACAUACGUUACAAUGCGGAUGAACGUUGCAAAGAGUUGGAAGAUUAUGCGAGUACGGAAAUACACGACGGUGCCAGUCAGUGUAACUGUAAUCCGACGGGUGCAUUGAGUAAGGAAUGUGACCAACAUGGUGGCUUCUGUCAAUGUAAGCCGAAUGUGAUGGGUCGCCAGUGUGAUCAGUGCGCACCUGGCACUUACGGUUUCGGUCCAGAGGGCUGUAAAGCUUGUGACUGCAACAGUAUUGGCUCAAAAGACAACAACUGUGACCUCAUAACGGGUCAAUGUGCUUGCCAUCCCAACACCUACGGACGUGAGUGCGAUCAGUGUCAACCUGGCUAUUGGAACUUCCCUAAUUGUCAAGGGUGCGAAUGCAAUGGACAUGCGCAGCAAUGUGACGCGCGAACGGGCCAGUGUAUCAACUGUUUGGACUUCACCAGCGGUUACGCCUGUGAUAGUUGUUUGGAGGGCUAUUACGGUAAUCCGUUUUUGGGUAGUGAAAUUGGGUGUCGCGCUUGUCGUUGCCCCGACACUGUUGCCAGCGGCAAUACACAUGCUGAUGGCUGUUCAUUGGAUGCACGCAACAAUAAUAUGAUCUGUCACUGCAAAGAGGGCUAUGAUGGGGCUCGCUGUGAAGUAUGCGCGGACAAUUACUUCGGUGACGCCGAGACACCUGGUGGAUCGUGCGAGAAGUGCGAUUGUAGCAACAAUGUCGAUCUCUACGACACAGGCAAUUGCAAUCGACGCAGUGGGGAGUGCUUAAAGUGUCUUUACGAUACGACUGGUAAUCACUGUGAGCUCUGUCGCGACGGCUUUUUCGGUGACGCUCUGCAACAGAACUGCGUACCUUGCGAUUGCGACUAUUUGGGCACAAACCAAACUAUUUCACAUUGCGAUCGUUUCACAGGUCAAUGCCCUUGCUUGCCCAACGUGCAUGGCAUACGAUGCGAUGAGUGUGCGGUAAACCAUUGGAAGAUCGCCUCCGGUGAAGGCUGUGAGGCUUGCGAAUGUGACCCAAUUGGUUCAUUGUCUGAACAGUGUAACCGUUAUACUGGCCAAUGCGAUUGCAAAGAUGGCUUUGGUGGACGCGCAUGUAAUCAAUGUCAAGCCAACUACUGGGGCAACCCGAAUGAAAAGUGCCAGCCUUGCGAAUGCGAUCCCUAUGGUUCGGCUGACUUCCAGUGCGAUCGUGAGACGGGACAAUGUGUCUGUCACGAAGGCAUGGGUGGCUACAAGUGCAAUGAAUGUGCGCGCGGUUAUCAAGGACGCUUCCCACACUGCGCGCCUUGCGGCGAGUGUUUCAAUAAUUGGGAUUUAAUUUUGCAUGGGCUUGAAGAUGCCACGGCUGAGACAAUACAACGUGCUAAGGAUAUCAAAUUGAUUGGUGCCACCGGUGCAUACACGGCUGAAUUCAGUACAUUAGACAAGAAGCUGCAGAAUAUACGUGAUCUGUUACAAAACACCACCGUCAGCUUGCAAGAUAUUGAUGCAUUAGAUAAGGAGGGUGCCGAGCUGAAGGAGAAACUACAAGCUUCACACACCAAAUUAUUGGAUACUGAAGAAAAUUUAGAAAACAUUUACUCUUCAUUGAGUUUGUCAACUGUGGAACUAGAAGCGUUGCGUAAUCAAUCCGAACUAGUAAAGAAAUUAUCAAAGGAACUAAAAGAGAAUGGCAUCCAACUGCAAGAGUCCAACAUUGAAGGCGCACUCAAUCUGACACGUAAUGCAUUCGAGCGUGUUUUGGAGCUGUCUGCCGUAAAGAACGAAGCCGAAGACUAUGCAGCCAACACAGAUCGUAAUUGCAAACGUGUCGAAACGCUAGCAAACAAAAUAAAAGACGAGCACGACACGAUAACAGCUAACGAUGAAAUCAUUGCCAACUACCGCGAUGAGCUGUUGACACUAACAGCCAGGAUACCCGAUUUGAAUAGUGAGGUGUGUGACAAAAGAGGCGACCCAUGCGACUCAUUGUGCGGCGGUGCUGGUUGUAACUCCUGUGGUGGCUUAUCCUGUGAGCAAGGCGCUUUGACGCGUACAGUAAAAGCGCUUAAAGUGGCCAAGGACACUGAACAAAUUAUCAAGGACAAAAAGGAUGCAGCUGAUCAAACUAUACGUUCACUCUUCCAAGCUAAGGUUAACGCCUCUGAGGGUUAUCAGAAGGCAAAGAGCGCGUACGAAGAUGCUGAACGUUAUCUUAACCGCACCAAUGACAACAUUAAAAAGGGAGAAGCCAUGCUUGAACAGCUCAGCAACUUCCUUAACAACGAUACUGCACUGCCCACGGAGAGUCGUGAUAUAGCACAGCAAACACUCAAACUCGACCUCAAAUUGGAUCCCGAAGAGAUACAAGUGUUGGGCGGCAAAAUCAAUGAUGCCGUUUCCUCUCUUAAAAAUGUCCAAUCGAUUAUAUAUAAUACACGUAGCGAUCUUGCGCGCGUCAACAACCUACAAGCAAAGGCUAAUAUGACCAAAGAAACAGCGAACGAAAUACUAGAUACCGCCAAUUCGGUGGUCAAGAAUCUAGACGAUGCAGACGCUUCUCAACUGAAGGCCAAAGAUGCCAUAUCACAAGCAAAUGUUAACAUAGAACUUGCAGCGAAGGAUUUGGAUCAAAUCGAUUUGGAAACGAGUGAAGCUGAGGCGCCUGCCAACGCGACCGCCAAGCAGGUGGAGGAUUUGGCCAAACAAGUGAGUCGGAUACAGAAGAAUAUACUGAAAAACGAAUUGGAUGCCAAGGAAAUCAAGAAGGAGGCGAUUGCGGUCAAAGAAGCCUCACUGAAGGCGCGUGAAUAUUCCAAUCAGUUGCACUCCGCAACCAAUUUGGUUAAUCAAACGCUUACCGAUCGUGCAAAGAGUUCGGAAAGUGCACGUGAACGAGCCAAGCAACUAUUGCAACGCGCUUCUAAAUUGACUGUUGACACCAACGACAAAUUAAGUCAACUCCAGCUAAUGCAAGACGUUUACUUGGAGAAGAAUAACACUUUACAGAAAUUACAAGAUGAUUUGAAGCCCUUAAACGAUGAGCUUACCUUGUCGCUGCAGAAGAUACAGGAGCAUGCCGAUCGCUACAGGCUGUGUACAGGCUAAAACAGCAGAGCCUACACACGUUUGUAAUUAGUUGGAAUAGAAAGCAGUGUACAGCUUAGUGCACCACAGCAUUUAUACUUAAACAAUAGCCUUUGAUAACUGCAAUAAAACGACUAUUGCGCUUCAAAAAGCGCAAACCAAAAUCAUUUUAAAGCCAGUGUUGUGUGCUCAGUAUCAGCUGCGGCUCAAAAAAUUUUAAAUAUAAUUGUUUUUUUCUACUAUUUUUCUAUUCUCAAAUUGCGUUUUAAGCCCUACUGAUGAACAACAUAUUAAUUUUAAUUUAAAGUAAAAGCAUAAGCGAAAGCUAAACGUGUCUCUGAUGUAAGAAAAUGUUAUGUUUUAUAUAUAUAAAAUAUAUUUUACUGUAUGUUAGUUUAUUUAAAGCCAUCUCUAAGAAAUAGAAAACAAGAAGAAACUGGUAUUCAUAUGCAUACAUACAUACAAACAUACGUACAUACACAUAGAACCAAUAAGAAACGAAUAUAUCUCGAAACUAUUAAGAAAAUAUGUGCCUUAAUAACAUUUAAAACACUUGAGAUGGAAUUCUCUACUAAAGAUUUUGUUGUAAUAACUAAGUGUAAUUUUGUAUUAAUGUAUUGAGCCAAUAAAAAUGUUUAAAACUCAA